UUGGAAUUUGUAGGCCAUAAAAAAAAAGAUGCGAUGCUCCACGCAAACACUUAAUAGUUACAGAGAGUUGUACUACUUAUGCAACUACAAAGCCAAGCACAUACAAACACUCAUCAAUUCCCAACGAAAUUAUUACUUACCUCGACUCACACAAUAUUAUAUUGCUAUUUCAGUUAGCACCAUAACUGGUUGUUCUUAAUAACAAGUUUAAGUAGUAGUAGUAGUAUUAGAUUUCCAACCUUUCAACAUUGGAACAAAGAAGUUCUCUGUCAACCAUGGAACGUUACGAGGUAAUCAGAGAUCUCGGUUCAGGGAACUUCGGUGUAGCAAAGCUUGUUAGAGAGAAAUGCAGUGGUGACUUCUAUGCUGUCAAGUUCAUUGAGAGAGGCCUCAAGAUUGACGAGCACGUGCAGAGGGAGAUCAUCAACCAUAGGUCCUUAAAGCAUCCCAAUAUCGUUAGGUUCAAAGAGGUGCUACUUACUCCAACACAUCUUGCCAUAGUGAUGGAAUAUGCUGCUGGAGGAGAACUAUUCGAGAGAAUAUGUAGUGCUGGAAGAUUCAGCGAGGACGAGGCAAGAUAUUUCUUCCAGCAGUUGAUUUCUGGAGUCAGUUAUUGCCAUGCAAUGGAAAUUUGCCAUAGAGAUCUCAAGCUGGAAAACACACUUUUAGAUGGAAGCACAGCACCAAGGCUUAAAAUAUGCGACUUUGGUUACUCAAAGGCAAGAAACUUGUUACAUAAUUUCAAUGAACAUGUUUCAUGUUUCACUCAGAAACCCUCUAACAUUGUUUUUUAUUUUUCCAUCUUGUUUCAGUCUUCUGUUCUGCACUCGCAGCCAAAAUCCACUGUAGGAACCCCUGCAUAUAUUGCUCCAGAGGUCUUGUCAAGAAGAGAAUAUGAUGGAAAGAUUGCAGAUGUUUGGUCUUGUGGGGUGACCUUGUAUGUGAUGCUCGUUGGUGCUUAUCCUUUCGAAGACCCAGCAAACCCAAGAAACUUCAGAAAAACUCUUCAACGAAUUCUGAGUGUCCACUAUUCUAUUCCAGACUAUGUUCGUAUAAGCAAAGAGUGUAGACACCUUCUAUCUCGAAUAUUUGUUGCCAACCCUGAAAAGAGAAUUACCAUACCAGAGAUAAAGAUGCUACCAUGGUUCCAACAGAACCUACCACUAGAAUUCACGGAUGAGGGUGCAGGUAGCCUGCAAAAUGGUGGUGGGAACCAUGAUGAUGAUAGUUCAGUUCAGAACAUUGAAGAAAUAUUAUCAAUAGUACAAGAGGCUAGGAAGCCAAGUAAGGAUAACCCAGAAGAAGCUGGUGGGCAGUUUGUUGGGGGCAGCAUGGACCUUGAUGAUAUUGAUCUAGAUGCUGACAUGGAUGAUAUUGAAACAAGUGAUGAUUUCGUCUGCACUUUGUGACUUGCAAACUUUGCACUUUACCAAUGCAAUACCAUACAUCAGAUCAGACUAAAAUUCUCUCUCAAGAAAAGUAGUUUAAGAUAAGAUGGUGUUCCUUUUCCUCAGCCUUAACGGGAUAGGCAACAGGGAAUCAAAGUAGACUAAAGCUCUCUUUAUAAAAUAAAUAAAUAGUUUCCUUUGAUUGGAAGUUGCUUGUAGUGGCUAGAAUCGUAUAGGGGGAUUUUACUGGUUUUUCUUGCUUUUCCACUUUGCAAAACAAUAAUCCCACUAUAUUGUAAGAUAUGCUUAUCUUAUGUGUAUUAUGUAUAAUAAUACUUGGUACUUGGGGGUUCUGUACCCGAAAUAUAUAAUAUCAGA